AUGGCAACACCGAUGAAGCAAAAGACUCCUGCGAUGCCGAUGCUAAUACCGAUGCCGACGACGCAAUGGCCAGUUAUUGAUUACAUUGGUAUGGUUGAUGAAAUCAAUCUCUCAUAUAAACAAUCGCAUGAAACGUUUUAUGCAGCGCUGUGCUAUCAGCAAUGUAUGGAUUUACUGGCGCAGAUUUCGGAACAUGGAUUUCUUUUCAUCGCCCACACCCACCUAAUCCUCGCUCUCCUCUCACACCCCAAAGAUGACCUCCCAAUCCCCGUCCACCUCACCCAAUCCCUCACUCAAAUCCGCACCUUACUCUCCCUCCCCUUCUACGCAUCCCGCCUCACCUCUCUCGACCCUCUCAACUCCCACACCCCCUACACCGACAUCACACUCCUCAACAACUACACCUCCUUCAUCAGCACCCUACACUCUGAAUCCCUCGCCUUUUUCUCAGAGCGCAAAUGGAGAUAUCUUAAUACGACAACCGUAACUCCCUUUCGCGAAUUGGUUUAUACGUAUGAAUGUGUGGAUAAAGAAGGAAAUUUCUUGGAGAUGAGAAAGAAGAAGGAACCGAUGUUGCCGUUGACGAGGAAGACGGAGGAGGAAAUGGGGGAAGAGAGGUGGGAGGGGGUUAGGGGUUUGUGGAGAUAUAUGGGCAGGGAGUUGAUGAAAGGGGGGCAGGGACAGGAUGUUAGGCAGCUUGGGGGAGCACAGUUGAAGGGAUUUGGGGGGAAGGGUGUUUUUGAAUUUUGGGGGGAGGUUAAGGAGGUUUUGUUGUGGGGGUAUGGAGGGUAUGGGGGUGUGAGGGAGGAAGUGUGGAUGAAAGAGAAGUGGGGUACGAGUACGAGUACGAAUGUGGUUGUGAAUGAACAUGGAGAUACGGAUGCGAAUGGGGAUACGAAGGUACGGGAGAGAAAACGCGAUAGGAUGGAUUAUACACACGACCAGGUUCUGGCGAGAGAUAUCUUUCCAAGACGUAUUAAUGGGUGUCAUGCUUGGUGUAGAAAGUGUCAACAGGAAAAAGUUGAGAUGAUUUGGAAGGGGCCGCGUCAUGGUGAUGAUGAUAAUGUUUAUAGAGAGGAUGAGGAAGGAGAUGAUGAUGGGGAGUUGAAGUUUCGGGGUUAUGCUAGUACGGGUACGAGUGGUUGUGGGUAUCGGUGGGAUUUUUGA